GCCGUCUAUUAAUGUUAGAGAAGAUGAUGGGGUGUCGGAUACUUACGAAAUUGACGAAGUAGAUUACGACACUGACGAAUUACAUGAUUCAAAUACUUUUAUCAAUCAGGUAGCUGUUGUUGCUACCGAUGUACGUCAUUUUCUGGGACAAAUGGAUGUCAAAUGUCAGCACUGCGGGGCAUUGCACUGGAUGGCAGAAAAACAUACAAAUUCAUUUUUAAUAAACCCAAAAUUUGGUUCAUGUUGUCUCCAAGGCAAAGUUUGCCUACCGUCACUGUGUGAACCACCGGUAGCCAUCAGAGAAUUGUUUGACGGAACCGACGCCGAAUCAAUUUCUUUUCGGAAAUAUAUUCGAGAGUAUAAUACAACUAAUGCGUUUACUAGCCUUGGAUGCAAAUUAGAUACAAGAGAUUUGAAAGGGAGAGGUCCGAGACCUUUCUCAAUACAUGGGGAGUUGAGACAUUUAACCGGAGGUGUUCUACCAGCUCCUGGGACUGAGAGGAUGGCGGUUUACUCCCAACUGUACAUCUAUGAUCCAGAAUUUUCAUU